AUGCCCUCCAAACAGGUAUCCAAACUGCGUUGGCCCUCUUUUUCCGGCUGAAAAAUGGUGUUCCAAUGUAGCAAGGGCAUGAAGGUCUUCAGACCAUUGUGUAAUAGAUGAUGGGUAUUUCUCUUUCCAGGCUCCAAGUAUAAGUCUUAGCAACCACUACAGCUUGCAAAAAAAAAACACUUGCUAACUCCCUUCAAAUCUAGGGUUCUGUGGGCUUCUGCUGCGCCCAGUAAAUGCAACUCUUGUGGUGAAGACACCGCUGGUACAAUAGACGUGUGCCCGGGCAGGCUUAUUACUAGGCAGGAGGCGGCGACGAAACUGCGAAACCUUCGCUUGCCCACAACAAACAUGGCAGCCGGAAGGUCUCGCGAGGCUUCCCUCCGGGCGAAGGAACGGAGAAGAGCUCAAGGCGACCCCGCGUCGCUAUGGCAACGAAAGAUGCUCCCGCAACCGUCGCUGGGCCUCUGCGCUCUUCUGUUACCUGCGGGCGGGUGGACAGGUGAGCGCCUCUCAUUCCCCGCUGCCCCCGGUUCAGCGCUCGCACCCAUUUCCAUCCAGUGCAGGGCGUGAAGGUGUGUUCCUCUGCUUUGAUUCCCAACCUGGAAGAGUCGAAAAUUUUCCAGUGAAAAGUGAACUUCAGCUUCCCAGGGUUGUAUCCAUCCAGCGUGACUCCUGCUUAGAGUAGACCUUAAUGUACUUAAUGGCUGGCUCAGGCCCAUAGAUUUCAGAGGGUCUGCUCUGAGUAGACGUUAGUUGGAUACAGGGUCAAGAUAAGCUGUUUCAUCCAAGAAUACUUGCAGUGGUUUGCAUCACAACCUCCUCCACCGCCUUCUCUUAAAAGGGGGUGUUUGUAUGAUUUUUUAAAAAAAGAAAUCGGUUUAAUGUUAUUUAACAUACCCUUUUGCACACACAAGCCCUGCAGCAGUAAUUGACAUAUUGCUGCCUGAGGCAGAGCAGCAAAUGAUGUAUUUAUCACUCAAGUCUAAGUGCUUAGUACUCAAGGCCAGCCAAGUUAUUUUAGCACCUAAGACAGAAAAUCUCAUAAGCGCGGGGCGGGGCGGGGGGGCUGGGAUACAACACUAUAAUAAGUACAAAUUAGGGCUGCAAUACUGUUACUUGGAAGUAACUUACUGAGAUGGCCGUUGGAUCGCAUUGUUGACUUUCAAAAAGGAAGUGAUCUGAGAAGUUGGAGACUUAUUGCAGCAAUCAGCUGCAGGGUUAUAUUGUGCUAUAUUACUGCAUUUUUGUGCUGUAUAUUUUAUUUUAUUAGUUUUCUAUCCUUGCCUUUUCUCCAGUGGUACAUCCCUCCUCUUUAGCUUCAGAACAACACUGCAAGAUAGGUGACAUUCAAAAAAAGUUGAGUGGCCCAAGGUCACUCUGUGAGUUUCAAGGCUGAGUGGAGAUUUGAACUGGGAUCUUCCUGGUCCUAUUCUGACACUCUAGCCAUCACAUAACACUUUGUUCUAUACUACUCUGCAUAUCCUAGCCUACCUUGCAAGGUUGUUGUUGUUGGAAUGGUAAAAUUGGGUAGAAACCUAAGUAUAUCAGGCAGUGGAAGACAGGAGUGCCUGGCGUGCUCUGGUCCAUGGGGUCACGAAGAGUCGGACACGACUAAAUGACUAAACAACAAAAUCAGCUUGAUCCCCUUGGAGGAAAGGCAAGAUAUAAAUAAAUGAUAGUUCAUGUUCCUCUUUCUUUUCUUCUUUUAUUUUCUGUAUAGACACCUCUAUUCACCAGCAGAUUCUUCCUUCUAAUGGCUGUCUCACCUUCCUUUUUGCAUCCCGAGGUGCCAGAAAGAUUUGCCAAACUAGUGAACAUCACAGUGCUGGAUGGACAUGACUUGGUAAAUUUUCCUUUUGAGGCAAUUUUUAUUUAUCUUGAGUUCGGUAUUUUAUUUUAUUUUAUAUAGUACUACCGCAUUUAUUUCACAAUAUUUAUAUACCAUUUGAUUGUAAAACAAAAGAAAACAUCAAGACAAUUUAAAUAAAGAAUGAAAUAAUAAAAUUAUCAGUAAAAAAAAAAUUUAAAAACAACAAUUUAAAACAUUUUUUCAAAAAAAUUAAAAUCACUGAUAAGGUCCAAAUCAGAUUAAAGCACAUAUCAGCAUUCUACUUGUCUAGAUUGGCUUGCCUAAACAAACAUGCUUUUAGCAAGUGCCAAAAAGAGUGAAGAUGUCAAUUGGCAAGGAGUUCCAAAGUGUAGGUGCUCUCUUCCGCACUCUAUCAGUAUUAUUAGGUGCUGCACAUAAAUGAAAAAUAAAACAAGUCAUGCUCAAAAGUUUAAAGCUAAAGACAAGACCCCUCAGAUUAGGGUGGCAAAGAAAGACACAUGCUUAUAUUUCUCUCUGAUGUUUUUGAAUCUCAAAUUUGGUCCACCUUUCAAGUUAGGUUUGAUCUAGAACAGGGGUUGUGGUCCCCAGACCCUUGGGGGGGGGUCCAUAGCCUCCUUCCCUGGACUUCUCCAACCCUCCUUGAGUGUUUUUGCCUAGCUGGAAUGUGUCCUUAAAGUGAGAUAAUUCCUCUUGCUUGCUUAAAUGGAUGGAGAGAGGCAUACAGGUAUGUGGAGAAGAAGGAGUGUGUGAUCUUGUUCAGGUGGUGUGAUACUUGAAUCUGUCCCAUACAAAAAAAGACGGAGUGACACCAUCUUCCUGUUUGAUAGAAAGGUGUCAAAGGAGAUGGGCCAGUUACCUUUGUGCGUACCGAAUACAAUGGCAUCGUCCUUGGUGACUCUGCAAAAGUGGAAAGUUCAGCAGAAGGAAGUGCGAAAUAUAAUUUCACUACCACCUUUGACUGCCAGCCUGAAGGGCCACACAGCCUGGAUGACAUUGCACACAAACCUUUGCUAUGUGAGUAAGAGUGUUCCUCCCUUCCUUGUUUCCCCAUUUUAAACAGAUGCUUCUGAAUUGACAGUCACUUAGUCAUUUAGAAAUUGGGAAAGAAGAGAUUGGUUUUGUUCUUUGAUUAUUUCAAGGGAAACAGUGUAUCCUGUGCAUAUUUCAUCCACUAGAACAGGCCUGCAAUAACUACCCUCAAAGCACUUUUGUUCCUUAAUCUUAAUAAUCUGGUUGGCCACUGUGAGAACAGAGUGCUGGACUAGAUGGGCCACUGGCCUGAUCAGCAAGCUCUUUUUAUGUUAUUAGAAUCUUUAUAGCAACCAGAGCUCUUUUGCAGCCAGAACUUGCAGGAACUCAGUUCUGCCUCCUCUCAGGUGGGUGACAUUGCCAUUAUAAGAGAACAAAGGAGGCACUCAUGGUGAGUUCUGAUACCCCUUUUUCAGAAAAGUAGCACUGAUAGCAAUGAGAGAAGUAGGGCUUGCCAAAUACUAUCUAGUGAGUUUGUGAGUGAGAUGAGUUUUGAACUUUGUUUUGUAGCUACCAUGUCACACUAUUUCUGUAUUUUUUAAGUUUUAUUAAAUCAACCUUGGUUAUAGCUCAUGGUUUAUAGAGAGAGAGCUAAACCAUGAGCCCAGGUACAGACAAUCUGGUAAGUCAAACUGUGACUUACUGGUGUGAAGCACCAAUACAUUUAGGGAAGAGCAGAGUGGCUGGGAUCUUCUCUCCAGGAUCCCACAUGUUUGCACCAAGUCAUGGCCUGGCUUAGCAAUGCUUGAAAACAUGGGCCACGAAUUAUGAAGCUGGCUUGUUUCAGUUAACUAUAGUUGAGAUUAAACACAUAUUGUAAAAACAGACAGCACCUCCGUCAGUGAUCUAUCCCUUCAACAUGAUCAGGGUAUCGUAAUGCAACUCAUGCCUGCUCAUUUUCUUGAUAUUGUUCUGAAUGAUUUCUCCAAAAUGUGAUGCUUUUGAAAUUAUGGACAGGAUCCCUGUUUGGACAGCUAAGUGGGAGAUGCAGGGCUGAGCUACUUAGAUAUGUGAUUUUUUCAUUGGCCAAAUUACAGGAUGGGUUUUUAUUUUUGUGCCUGGCUUGGGGAACCCAUGGACCCUGGAAAGGCAUGCCAGAGAGAGUUAGACUAGGGUUAUUCAGAUGAUCAGGGGCAGUAGUUUUCUGAGUGUCCCUAGGAUUUCUGAGAAGCCUAAUGAUUCUUGAGAAGUUCUUCAGUGAGAUGAUGGUAGGGGGUAGCAGCCAUUUUCAAAAGAGCAAGCGUCCCACUUCAAUACUGCUGGGUGCUUCUGCAUCACAGAUGUUUAAGGAAUGUUAUCAAAUCUUAUGUUUGGUAUUCCCAGUCACUGUGACAGAAGUCUUACCAAAGGAGAAGAAGCAGAAAGAAGAGAAGACCAUGACCCUUGGUCAAGCUGUGAUGGACCUUCUACCUUUACUGGAAGGUUAGUGAUAGAAUUCAUCCUUGGUUUGCUUUAUCCCUUUCCUUGGAAUUCACACUAUGGAAGUUAUACAGUGGUCUAGUUCGCACUUAACACUAAGCCAUGGCUUGCUUAGUUUAAACUUGGCUUGUUUGAUUAUGCAAACUCAGUCCUGUAGCUUGACCAAGAGCAGCUGGUGUGGUAGGUGGGUUGGUGGGUCUGGACAGGGUGGGGUGGGGUGGUGGUUGAGGUCCGGCUGUGUGGGCCACCUGGUGGAGCCAAUCUGGUGCUGUUACUGGUGCACAUGCACAACCCUCCCAUUGCCCAAACACUGGCAUACCCCAUACAGGUAAGCGGCUGUUGGAAGGAGGGCAGCUCCACAUCUACACACUGACUGCUCCAGAGCUUAACAAUGCUUUGUUUGUUCCCAACAACCCACGAUCACAAGCCAUGGUUUGUUGGCAGCUUACAAACCAUGGCUUGUUCUAGCGUUGGCUUGUUAUUACCUAUGAACCCAUCUUGGUUUGUUAACUAUGGCUCAUUUGCCUGCUCCAUCCCAGAUUCUUGCCAACCUCCAGAGCAGCUUGGCAAGAGCAGGAGCAUUUCCUGGUGCUUUCCCAAAAAACUUCCUUUUAAUACUGCUUGGCCACACCAUCUUUUGUGAUUCCCUUCCAAAAAUUCUUUCUCUGCAGGACUCUGUGAAUUUAGUGCAACACUUCCACUAUACCCUGUGCUAGGCUCUCCCCUGGAGACCCUCCGGCCAGAUGCCAAGGUAUUAAAAAUAAUAAUAAUAGAGGCAUUUCUUCAAAGAAACUGUAUGCAGCAACUUAACUUCAAUAUCUCUGGCUUCGAAAUAUUGGUGGUUAGCACUUCAAUCCUAACACACAUUAUUUUAUUUAAAUUGUUUCUAUCCUGCCUUUUUGCCUGGCUAUAUGUUUCCAGCUUAAACUAAAUAUCUAAUAAACAUAAGGUUUUCUUUUUAAACGUAAGACAGUUAACUGGAAAAUAUACCGUACUCUGUUCCAACUGCUUCUCUCCAAGGGUUGUUUAGUGAGAUGUGGAAAUCCACCCACCCCCAACCCCCUAUUUCGUUUUUGUGCCUGAAAUAAGCACCUCCUCAUGGUUUAUUUGCAUAUUAGUGUGUGUGCAGUGCUCAUCAUUCAAAGCAUUUUUAUCCAGCUUCAAAGCAAAAAUGUUUUAAAAAUUACUCCCAGAUUGUCUUACAAAAGUGUCAGUGACAAGUAAGGAUGGGGAGAAAUUUGGUUCAGUUCACACUUAAAGGAGGAUCUACCUAAUUUGCACUCGCUGAAACAAUAUGCAAACUGAAACACAGCCAUCCUUCAGAUUCACACUUUUCUGAAUUCUGCAGUGCAUUGCCCAACUAAGUAAUGUGUACAAUAAUGAUAUACUACAGUAAAGUGUACAUAUAAAUGCAUAUAUUGCUAAAAAAUAACAUACAAGAAUGCAUUAUAUUAUGGGAAACAGUUUUGCAAAAAUGUGUAUAUUUGGGGAAACUGCAUAGAAAAAUGUAUUACAAAAAUUUUCCACUAAAAUGCUGAUGAGGACCUGUAUUUGUUUUAAAUUCCAAGCUGAUGUGGAGAACUGAACUUAAGACUGGGAAAAUGAGAACUGAGAGAUUUCGCCCAUCCAUAUUGAUAAGAUAGUCCCUGCCCCCAAGCUCACAGUCUAAAAGACACAACACAGAAGGAAAAGGAACUUAGAGACAGGAGGGAAAAAGCAAACUAAUGUGUUGUUUCUUAUCUGAAUUAUUGCCCAGAAUUCUCUUGGGCAACUGGAUUGUCUGCAGCUCCUGCCUUGGAAGCAUGGGCUGGUUCAUCCAUGAACCCUCAUCAUGCGUGGGCUACAGGAACCCCCCAAGGACUGUCUUUGGCACCAGCCGCCUCUUAAGCUUCCUUCUCCUGAAUCGGGGGAUAGACCCACCAAUCUGUCUCCACAUUCAUUUUCCUCAGUUGCUGGCUAGGUGGAGUGGAAGUGGGUAGGAGGGAAAUAUCCUAAUGACUGGAUUUAGCAGAGAGACCUGACCCAGCUGCAUCACACUAAUCUAAAAAUGAAGCAACGUGACUGUUUUCUGCUCAGCUGUUUUCUAAGGAUUUUAUUGACACCACUGACGUAAAACUGAUACAGCCAUCAUUCCAUCUUCCUGAUGAACUCUGAAAAUCCCUGGGAUCCCUUGAGGAACACCAUGGCAAUUUGAACCUGCAUAAAAGCAAUAUACAAGUUUAUAGUGCUGGCAUACCCCAAACCUGAUCUUGUUUUUGUAGUGCGUCAUCAACGUAACAGUAUCUGUGCAGGAGAGUCUGCUGUCCGCAUGGCAGCUGUCUGAGGGCAAUCUCCUUAGAGUGACCGUGGAAGGUGUUUAUUCAGUCCCUGAAACGUUCCUGCCCACUGGGCCUCCACAGAACUAUAUGAUUGGCUUGCAAGUGCCUGCUGUUGGCGAGGUGAGUCCUGCUGAGAUCCUGAACUCUUGUCUUUACUGUGCUCUUGCUCAUGCUUCUCUUGCUGUAGUCACAGGGUGCUGUGAUUGGGGUGACUAGUUCGUAAUAGCCAAUAAGACCUCCGGCAGCAGCUGGAGCUUCCAGGAGGCUGGAGAAGAGGAUUCAACAUCACUCCCCCACCCCGCAGUUCCCUUUUGCUGCUGUUAGUCUCCUCUGAGGAGCAAUGGGAGAGCCAGCUGUCAGUCUUCUAGUCUGGUGAGAAGACCAGUCCCCUCUGAACUGUAUUUAAGCCUGGCUUCUGAGGCUUCUUAGAAUAAGACCCGCACCAUCACAAGAAUUUUAUUGCCUGUUAACUUUCUUUUUUUGCUUUGUACAUGAGUCUAUAUUACCGGUAAUUAUUUUGUAAUAAUUGAAUUUAUUCUCUGUCUACUAAAUAAUUGAUUUUUUUUUUUUUGCUUCCUUUGUAUUUAUAUAAUGUUUUUAUAAACCUUUCUUUCUGCAAUCUCCAUCCUGCAAUGUUGUGUAUUUGAUAAUAAAUGGAUGUCCAUUGUACACUGCUUUGGCCACAGCUUACUGUGAAAAGGUGGCAUAUAAAUGAAGUAAAUCAAUUAACUGAGGUAAAAACCAGAGGCUUCUCACUCCAGUUGUAAGAGACUAGAUUUCUAAUUAGUUAGUUACAUAAUUGAUUCUAUAAUUAAUUAUAAUAGUUUUGGGCAUAGUGGAUGGCAAGAUGAACAAUGUAGAUUUGGGUGGACACAGGGCAGGAGCAGAGAAUAGGAUGGAAAUCACUGCCUCCUUACAUCCAUAUGCAUGGUACACUUAAUGCAGAGUGCAGUACACUUAACACAUAGUACUGUACACUCCCUACCCCUCAGCGUUUGUUCCCUAAGAUGGCUGCCUCACCCCGCCUAAUGGUAGGGCCAGCCCUGUGAAUUCAGAUCCAUACACCACAUGAUAGAUGUGGAGGUGGCAAACCAUCCCCUGCCUCUGCCCCUGGAAUUGUUGUGUGGCCUUCAGCAAGUCACUGGCUCAUUCCUUGAACAAGCCUCAGGUUUAAUGGUGGUCCCCUGUUUGGAUUUGGAGGGCAAGUGCAAGUCAUAGUUUGUCAGUAUGGAUGUGAUGGUAGGCUGUGGUAUACUGUGAAGCAGGAACUCAGAGGGGAAAUUGGACCCUAUGAGGGAUGAAGGAUCAGGGAGGAGGAAGAAUGUGAGCCUGAGGUUUGCUCAUGUGAUGCCAAAUUGGGGUUUUGUGUUAGAAACACGCUGAGCCACUGUUUUUCCACCUCCCUUGUAAAAUUUGGAAAACAGUGGCCUGUCUCAUACGAGCCAUUUGGGAGAUGCCACAGUGGAAACUUAAAAGGCACUUUGCAAAUUAAAAGAUCUAUAUAAAUCAUUCUUAGUCCUCUCUUUUGUAACUAUACUAGGGUGUUUAUUAGGGUGUGUCUGUACCCCAUUUGUAUCCACGCCACUCUAUACUAUACUGCAUAUGUGUGUGUGUUACUUUUCUGAUUACGUGAAUCCUUUAUCCUUUAUGAUCAUUCCAGAAAGAAUGCCCCUUCCUGUUCAAGAAUGGAGUACUGAAGUUUGGUGGUGAGAAAGAACCACUACCCCGGCCCAAAAAGUGGCCGGUCACCAACAUCUUAGCACCAGGGGGGCAGAAUAUCCCAGACUCCUUUAUCGUUGGUGGUGCUUACGAGGAGGAGGAUGGAGAGCUGAACACACUGGAGGUGACUUUGAAAGAAAUAGCUGGGACAGACUAUAACCAGAGUAGCUAUUUAGAAUCAUAAAAAUGUGAUAAUUGCUGGGAUAAGUCAGGCCAGUGCCUAGUUUUUCCUGAAACCUUGUCUUUUGGUACUGGAGAGCCAAGAGGGAGUAUAAUAGCUGGGAAUGAAUGCGAUGACUUACACUUCUAAGUCUAAUGUGCAAAACAAGCGUAGGAAGUGUCAGAAGGAUGGUGUCCGGAGGGAAGCAUCUUCCAAGAUAUGUUUGCUUCCACUCAUCAACUUCCACACUAGAAUGUACUUUGCCCAUUCUGUCCCAUCCCCCCAAAUUUGUUUCUAGUGCCACCAUUGAAAAUAAGCACUAAUUUAUAUAGUGACUGAAAUGAGGGUUUCCUGCUGCAGAAUUUAUCAUUUUCUUUGCAUGAUGAUUUCUAGAGCUUCUAAAUGGUUCUUUUCUUGCUUUCUUUUUAGGAUAGAGAUCUCAGGAUCCAGGCAGAAACUAUUAAAAAACGGAUUAUGUGGGACUUGGAAAGGCGCUGCUACUUAGAUCCUCUUGCUGUGAUCUGGUGAGAAAACAUAGGCCUUUCUCCAUGGGCUCAUAACUUACAUAGAGUGGCCCAAAGGAACUAGAUGAGGCCUACUGCAAUAUAGUGGCUAAUAGCAAAGAACUGGCAAUCUUGUGGGAGACAACUUCAGACACUAUUGGGUGGCCGAGAUCUGGCUGGCCUUGACCUGCUGUACAAAAGUUAUUAUGACAGUUACUGAGAUAAAGCUCUACAUCAGUGCUAAGUGUUAAGGGAAUGGCCAGAGCUCAGUGGCAGAGCAUCUUCUUUGCAUGCAGAAGGUCCCUGGUUCAAUACCCGAGCAUCUCCAAGUAGGACUGGGAGAGACUUCCUUCCUGAAACCUGCUGCCAGUCAGCAUAGACAAAACAGAACUGGAAGGACCAAUGGUUUUAUUCAGUAAAAGGCAGCUUCCUACAUACCUGUGUGCAUCUAUGGCUUGGUUUGCAGUGGUGUCCGUGGCACAUCAGAUUAUUAGUAAUUGUAUUGUAACAUUUAUAUCUUGCCUUUGCUUCAAGGAAUUCAAGGUAUUAAGCAUGGCCCCCUCACCCCAUUUUAUCUUCAUAACAACCUUGUGGGGUAGGUUAGGCAGAGAGAGAAAGUGACCAGCCCAGGGUCACCCACUGAACUUCUGGGGAGGGCUAUGGGAAUAUAAACCUGGAUUUUCCCCAUUCCUAGUCCUAAAUAGGCAACCGUACUGACUGCCAGUGACUGCAGGGGUGCAAACAACCCAUGCAUUCUGCAAAGCAAAUAGGAAUAACCAUAACAUGAGCAAGUGACAUGUUGCUUAAAUUUCUGGUACUGAACAGAAAGCAGCUAUUGCUCUGUGUCUGCUUCUCUGUGAUGCAAACUCAUGGCAUUAGCAGUGAGAGUGGCAACAAAAUUUAGAGCCAAACCAGAAGUGUCAGUCAGGACUCCAUUACUUGGCUGUGACUGCUGGCUGACACACAUUUUCUGAGCAAAGAUGUAUGGUAUAGCCACAUUUUCAGGUGUAUUCAUACCAUUGGUGGCCAUUUUGUUCAUUGAUACAAAAGACUAAUUGGUGUUUCAUCUUCAUUAUAUUCCAUAUUUUCCUCCCAAUAGCCUUGUGAGGUAGAUUAGGCUGACAGAUGGUGACUUCAGGGGCAAGUGGGAAUUUGAACCCCAGUCUCCCAAAUCCUGGUCCAGCGCUCUAACCAUUACAUCACCCUGGUCUAGAAUAAUUAUUGUUUUCUGCCUGUCUUUCUCUAUGCCACAGUUUUCGAAAGCGGAUUGCAGAUUGUCGGUACUGGCCUGUGGAGAUGACCAGAGUGCCUGUGGUCACUUCCACCAAAACAAAAGGUGGAAAAGGAGACAAGGUAAAGCAUCUGUUAUGCUUAAGCAUGAAAGGUGAGAACAAGUGGAUGCUUAAAUGUUGCCUUGAUUCAUUUGCUAGAGGUAUUAUGCCUGGGGAAAAUCUGCAGCUUAAUGAAGAAGUUCUUCCAGAGGAGAGUCAGUCAUGAACCAAGUGUGGACUUUGGUUGGCAUUAAUGGAGGCAGAAUGUGUGCGUAUUAGAGACCUGAAUCACGUAUACACAUUAUUAUUAUUUUAUAUUUUGCAUUACCCAGAGAAACAUAAAAAGGUUUCAAAGCAAAAGAAGAGCAUUCGUAUAAUUAAAAGUGUUUAAUCAUACUGGUAGAGCCCUCAUGGAUGCUACGAGUCAUUGCCCUCUCUCUUUUGUUGUUACUUGCCUGAAUGUGUUCUUGAGACAAAAAUGAGCUCUGAUUAUUGAUCAGUUGGUUUUUCUUUAUUACCCAUGCAAGAGGCUGGUUGCCUUUUUGUUCCUUGUCUCAGGGAGGCUCAGCUGGAAGUUCCUUUCUUUGCCAGGACUUCAUGCCAUAGUGCUGACUAAAACCUUUUCUUGAAAGCAAGGCCUUGUCCCACUUGCUUGGGCUUUCACCCAGCAUACAUUCGAGAGCACUUAUACCCAUCUGCCCCAUGAUUAUCUCCGAGAUCAUUUUGAUCACUUGCCUCCUGUUAUGAACUCCCUUCCUUGCAGACUCUCCGAAGUCCAAACCUGAGCACCUUUCACAAGCCCUGUGAAGCUUGCAUAUUUCAGGAUGACUUUCAGUGCUCAGAGCUGAGUCAGCAAAUAAUGGGAAAAGUUCUGGGAAUUUGCUGAAAUGUUCUUCUGUUUUGUUGCUGUGAUUCUGUUCCCUCUUUGCUUUGCCUGCUUGCUGUGAGCUUUCAGGACUAUAGAUUGAGGUGAUCUAUAAAUCUCUGUUUUUCAAUUUCCAGGGAGGAGGAGGUGGCGGAGAAGAAGAGCAGAUUUCCUUUCAUGGUGUGGCUUACAUCAAUGCAGUGCCUUUGCUCUAUCCUGGGGUGAAGCGGAUCCGGGGUGCAUUCCGGGUCUACCCUUAUCUUGACAAUGAAGUGUUUGAAAAGGUAAGAACCUGCACUAAGUGGCCUGCCUUUCACUUGAUGCUCUUGCCAUGGGUCUCAGCAAGUGAGGGGAGUCUCCCAUGCCUGAACAGGAGAAAAUAGGAAAGGCUUGAGCCUAUCCUAGGAUAUAUCUUGAUGGAGCUAGGAAUACCACGCUGAAGACAGAUGUAAUAUUUCAAAUAUUUAAGGCACUAAGAUUACGGAGUUGCAAACAUAGCCCCCCCCUCCCAACCUAUGUUAGAAUAUCUGGUCUAAAAGGGGAAGACAAGAGCCAAUUGGUUGCCUGGGAGCAGUUACUACAUGCCAUAGGCAAACAGGUGAAGUGGCUGUUUAUAAGCCUGUCAUAUUGAAAGAGGAAUUGCAGCGAGUUCUUCACCCAUGGUGUGAGACCAGCUUCUGCCAAGACACUAAGUCAGUCUUCAGUCCUGUCAGUCUUCCUUCCUAUUAUUUUUAAAAGGGAACAUUUUCAGACAGUAGCCAAACUCUCUCAGGGACUGCAGUGGAGAGGAGAGGUAUCUUGCCGGUGUUGUGUGCAUUAGCUGAUCAGGUAGAUUGGGGGGGUGGGGGAGCUUGAACAAAAUGCAGACAGUAGACCCCUUUCCUUCUCUCUUGUUUCAGACGAAGUGUCUCUUCAGUCUUUUCCGUGACAUCGGCCACCAGACAGCCCUAAAUAAAUUAGGGCUGCUCACCCCACAUACCAAAGGUAUCCUUGGGAAGACUACAAAGGAAGACAGGCCCGCUAAAGAGGUCGUAAUGAGAAAGGUGAAUGUGGAGAGAAAGUCCUGGUGAAAUUCCUGAUGUGUUUGAAAACAAAAAAGUUACUUGGCAAGGAGGGCAAACAGCAAUGAGGGGAUUGUGCUUUGCAUAACAAGGGCUGGGAAUCUUUGGCCCUCCAGAUGAAGCGGAACUUUGCAUCCGCUUCAGCAAGGAUGUUCAGUGGCUACGUAUGAUGGCAGCUGUUGAUCAGCAACAUCUGAAGAACCAAAGUUCCCACCUGGAAGCCUCCUAUAUAACCACUGUAAAUGCCACAUCCCAAAAUGACUGUGGAAUCAUGGAUAAUGAAUGGGGAGAACACCCCGUGUCUGUUCCUGAGGGUCAAGUCAAAGCAGCACCAGGCCUGUAACAGCUGCGGUGUUUUCUUUGGGCUGUGGUGGCCCAUAGCAGAAUGCCUUGUGGUGGGCUGCUCAGCCAGUGGAAGUGGGCAGCAGCUGCAAUGCUGAAGUUGAGACAGCUGGCUGGCUCUAUCCACUAUUUAGUUUUCUUACAAUGCCUCAAGGAAAUGCUUUGAGCUCCUUAGUAUGGAAUGUGGGACUGCAGAUAGGCUCUAGGUCACAUGGCUACCAUAGUUCUGGCCUUGGGGAACAGAAAGGCAGAAGCUGAUUGGACAGAAGCUUCCCACAUAGCAGCUGUGCUAAAUCUGAUCAUUGUUAUUUUUUACAAGGCAUCUAAUAUUGUGAGAAGGGACACAUCUGAUACCACAAUUGAAGCGGCAAUAUCUAUAUGCCAGAACAUUGAAGGGCAGGUAAAUAUAUUCCUUAAGUGGAUGACUGGGAAAUUGUGGACUCUAGGUGCGCAUUUUUUAUAACAAUACAAAACUGAAAAUGAAUGAACUGCAGUGAAAAUAUUAUGUUCAUUUUUCACAUGGCCUAGUCCUUCCCCUGCCUACACCCCUAAUAUUCUUAAGAGGGUCUCUUCUCCAGUCUUCAGAGAGUAGCUGGAAGUGGGAAGGCAGAAAAAGGUCCUCCUUUCCUUCCACUCUGCAGUUUUAGUUUGAAAUCUUAGGCACAGUACUGCACCCAGAGCUCAGAAACUGCUUGCGCUAAUGAAAUUCCAUAUCACAAAAUGCACCUAGAACAAUGGGAGUUUCGAACACUGGCUGGUUGUAUCGUUCUCGCUCCCAUCAUACAAGGCCUGAAUUUGCAGAACUUGAUUGAUUGUUAGUCAGAAAGCUAAUGAUGUGCCACUCAAAAGCCUUUGUUGGUGGAGUUUAUACAAUAGUGUAGACAACAAGGAGCUAAUAUUUCUUAAUAAAAGGAACAAGCAAGAUCCUGAUAUGGAAAUAUGUGUUCCUUCAUCUACCAGAAAGGAUUUUCUGAAAAUAUGGGCUGCCCUCCCAUAUUUCUUUCUGCCUCCCUUGUUUCUUAAAGUCUCUCCCCUGCUUGUUUAAACAUUAUUCUUUAGUUUUAUUUAUCAGUCUACCAAUCUGUCAACCAAUCAGUUUUUUCAUUUCUUCCUCAUUUGAAACAGGUGAAAGAAUGAGGAUCCACCAGUCUGAAAUGGUGCACUGUCAUAGCUUUCUUUAUUAUAAAAUAGUAAUUUCCUUUCUUAUAUAUAAAAUAAUGAAAUGAAAUAUAGAUGAAAGUUAUCAGAUGAAAAGUGGAACAUCUAUCUUGACUUCUAGUCCUAAUUGCUUCCCUGUGUGUGAAUAUUAAAUAAAACCAUUUAUACGGGGGCAUAUAAAUUGAGCAAAAUGUUGAAGAUGCAGCAUAGAUGAGGCAGAUUUAGCAGAUUUGAUUGCCCCUAAAAAGAAUUAUUGGAAAGUUGCAAUUAAAUAUAAUGGGAUAUAUGUUAUUCUGAGAGCAAUUCCAUUAAAAUUCCAUUAUACUGUUUGGUAAUAUUAAGGAUUGUGCUGCAGUGUCUGUUAGUAGGGAUAUAUGCUUUUAGUGGCAAACAUUAUUGCUGCUUUUAAAUUGGAACCCAAGACGAUUCCAAUUAAUCAGAGCAAUCAAUGAGGUGGUGCAAAGGGAGAAUCUCUGGCAGAGACCAACACUUCCUAAGCCCCAUCCACUUGUGACAAUUAGAGUUCAAGGUGUGUUUCGAGGUGGAUGUUCCUUUUUUAAUUUUCCCUAUUCAGUCGGUUUUUAGUUAUUAUCAUUAUUUAGAUUAUUUUAUUUAUAUUUAGGUCUCCCAAAUGUCUUACAAUACUGUUAAAAACAUGAGUAAAUAGAAUAGCAAAAAACAGUCGUGUGAAACGUGGGCAGCACACUAAUAAUAAUAAUCCAUUGACACUAAUGGGAGGGAUAUUGAUGACCAGCUCCUGGCUGCUGUACUUUUUUGGACUUUCUGUGGGUGAGACGAGAAUGAAGGGAUCUUGUGGAUCAAAGCAUUUUCACAGGCAAAACUUUGGAUGUAUUCCAAAAUGGACAUUAAUUGGUGUGAUUGAACCACUAGAGAAGCACACUUACCCUAUCAUGUACAGUUUACUCUCAGCGGGUGAACUCCAUAGAAAACUGAUUUGGCCAUUUUACAGUAGAAGCUGCCUGUACACUGUGCUGGUUAGCGAGUGCCUGUAGUGUCAAUUCCCACUCCCUCAUGCCUGCCAUCCCUGGAGCUGUUAUACCAUUUUUCCUUGUGACAAAUAAGCAGUUUUCAUGCAAUGCUUGAAACUUUAUUCUUAAAAGGUGGAUAACUCACCUAAAGCUAGCAGGAAGGGCACAGCAGGUGUUGAUCGGAAUUAGAAUCACUGACAGAUUCAUCUGUUGAAUGCAACAUGAAGGCAGAGAAACAGUUAAUGUAAAGCCUAUGGUGGCCAGAAUGCUUGUUGCUAUUAGGAAUUCCCCUCCUCCACUUCCUCUUUUGCACUGGCCGGUAUAUGGUGUGAGAGAGAUGCAAACUGUUUAAUCUUCAUCUAUGAAAAUGCUCUUAAGAUCUUAAGACUGAGAAAGUGUAAACUUUGUCGUUUCAGCAAUAUAUAGAAAGCGGGACGUAUAUUGUGAUAGAGUUUGCGUUGGACAAACCUUUGGUGCCCAAGCGUUUGCCAGAGGAGCUCGCCAACCGGUGCGCAUGGGCAGUGAUCUGGGGAGGGAGGGAUGUCAAGGAACACUUUCUAUAAAAUUUAUCAUGUAUCCUAAAGUGCUCUGUAAAUUCUUCUUCAGUGGAGGAGGUUCUCCUGAGACGGGUUAUUCCUUCCAUUUGCUCCAUGGGCAAAGCCAGGCCAGUUAUUACAGAUUUUUAAUCUUCCAUGGUGCCCUGUUCUGACCGUGAGCCAGAGUGGAAAACAUCUGAAGGUGGCACAGUCAGUUGGUUGGUAGCAAGAAAGGUCGUGCUAGAGUUGUAGGACCUUGGACAGCUCCAGCAAAUUGCAUGCUUUUACAAAGGUCCUAUUCACACUAUCAUUAGGGCUGGGGGAGAAAUUACCGUAUUUUUUGCACCAUAACACUCACUUUUUUCCUCCUAAAAAGUAAAGGGAAAUGUCUGUGCGUGUUAUGGAGGGAAUGCCAACGGGUGGCAUGCCUACGGAUUUUCCUCCUCUAAAAACUACGUGCGUGUUAUGGUGGUAGAUUCUGUUUGCAUUUAAAAGCAAAAUGACCCUAAUGCACAGUUUUCAGUCUGGAAUCUGACUUGCAUAACUCCUGGCUCAUAGACUUAAAUGUUGGGAUCUGGGUCUAGGGUCAACAUUUGUGUAUAGAACUGCAGACUUGGAACCCACUGAAUUUUGUCUUGCACAUACAGGGUAAAGGAGAUGAUUCCUCCACGCCCUCAACUCCCUCGAAGGACAGCAGGAGCUAAGAAGGUAUAGAGUAGAAUAAGUGUACUCACCCAGCUUUCUGUACUCUGCCUGGGGGAGUGGGGAAUUGAAAAUUCUGUGCUAGGAAAAGCUUAAUUCUGCAAACCGAAUAGUUUGCACAAACGUGCAUAUUAUCUCUUACUGUGUGUAAUUUAUUUUGCCCACUUGACACAAUUUAUUCUGGUUUGCCUUGUUAUGGGGACUUAAGCAGCACACAAAAGCUGCACACCCCCCCCCAACCACUUGAAAUUUUGUUCAGCCACCCUAUGGCUUCUGAAAGCUCAACAGGCAUUGUCUUCUUACGCAUACUUCCAAGCAUUUAUUUGUUACCAUGAGAGCUAUAAACAUGCCUUUAAAAGGGGGGAGGGGGAAAAUAGAGAAUUGCUGGAAAUCCUCAUUAUUGCAUUAAGCAGAUAUUUUGCUUCCCUGUAGAAUCACAACACAUACACAGCCCUGAGAAUUUGGUUAAGUGGUACUCUAUCAGUAUCUACAUGCCACUUCCUUAUGUGGUGAGUCAUUGGGCUGAAAGCUAACCUGUCUUCUGAGUGGUGGUCUGUGAUUCUGAAGGGAUCCUACUCACCUUACACACAUUUGCCAAAUAAAUUAAGAAUAAAAGCCAUGUACAGGGUUCCUGUUUUAUCUUUGCAGCAGUCUUGUGAGGUAGGUUAAACUGAGACACAGGCCCAAGGUCAUGCAGUGAAGUUCAUGGCUGAGUGAGGAUUUGAACUGAGAUCCCCUUGGUCCUCCUAGUCUGACACUGUCUGCCAUGCUGUGCUACCUCUGGCAUGGGAUGACAAUAAACACUAUCUCUUGCUUUCAGCCAUCACCCAGCCGUGCUGCCUGUGCCCCUACUCUAACACCCACAAUGGGUUUUUCUGGUCUCAAUUCGCUUUCAGUGCUUUGAUGCUGCAGAACAUACAUCACAGCAGUUUUCCUUAUCUGGGUAUCUAAGCACAGAUUUGCACUGCACCUUGCACUUUUUUGGGAGGGAAGUCUUUCAGAGACUUCACUGGUGAUGAACUGGUAUAUUCUGUCAGAACGGUUCUUUCCAAGCAAGAGUUCAGAUGAGUCACUCAUUGUCUAAGUCUUUUCUUAGGAACAUAGGCAAACCGCCUUAUGCUGAGCCAGACAAGUGGUAUUUCUAGCUCAGUAUUAUCUACUACACUGACUGGCAGUGUCUCUCCAGGGUUUCAGACUAGGGUCUCUCCCAGCCCUAUCUGGUGAUGCCAGGGAUUCAACCUGGGACCUUUUGCAUGCAAGACAAAUGUUCUCCCACUGAGCUUCUGCCUUUGUUUCUCUGUCUUUUUAGGCAGUAGAAGAUUACCACACUCAGGUCACCAGCAUUGCUGAGGCCAUUCUGGAUGAGUAUCACGAGCUGUUUGGCAGGCAGUUGGUUGAAGGGUAUGCCAUUGACAGCCACACCCUGGAGAACCAGAAAUGCCAGCUCAACUAUGAGCUCAACAGCUCUGGGAAAUACUUUGCAUUUAAGGAGCAAAUCAAGGUAUAAGCUCCAUUUCAAUUCAUUUCUUUCGUACAUGGUUGUUACAUCAGUGAAUUUCUUCAUCGCUUUCUAUGAUAAAACGAUAUAUUACUGAAUCCCCCUGCAUUUUAAAAGCCACGUUUUCUUUAAAUCUCAUUUAGCCCAAUAGGGGGAUUAAAACCUGUAUUUUCUGGAUUUCUGUCUCCCUACUCCCAAAAAUGUGUUUGAGUCCUUUGGGGUCAACUGGAGGGUUUGUGUUCCCUGCAGCAUGCCGUGGUGAAAAUUGUGCGAGAAAAGUACUUGAAAACAACUGCAUUUGACAACUUGGACCAGCUCCAAGCUUUUCUGAGUGAGCUGUACGUGUACCUGGUGGAUCAGAUGCAUGUUGCUCUGAAUCAGGUAAGGCCAGCUUGGAAGAGAAAGGCACACCUUAAAAAGUGUCACGUCUACAAACCAUUGUUUUAUUCUUGGGACUGUUUGAGGACUUGUCAGAGGUUGGAGUAAGAAUCAGGGUUGGAAGCUGUUUAUGUUUUAAUCAGGAUUUUGGACUGUCAACUACUAGUCUAUGGCUUCUAUACUAUGCUGGGGUUGCCCUACCACUCCCUUCUGCCCCAGCCAGCACAGUAGUACAGUCGUACCUUGGUUGUUGAACACCUUGGUAUUCGUACAUUUUGGUUCCCAAGCGCUGCAAACCCGGAAGUGAGUGUUCCAGUUUGUGAACGUUCUUUGGAACACAAAUGUCCGACGCAGCUUCCACAGCUUCCGACUGAGUGCAGGAAGCUCCUGCAGCCAAUCGGAAGCCGCACCUUGGUUUUCGAACGUUUUCAGAAGUCGAACAGACUUCCAGAACGGAUUCUGUUCGAGAACCAAGGUAAGGCUGUAGUCCAAAAUGUUUGGAAGGCACUGAAGGUUGGAGUACAAUAUUUUCAAGCGUCAUUGGAGAAACAUAAGGGAGUUGCCAGCCAAGGCAAACAAAUCCAGCCACACCCAUCACUGUCCAGAUGUUUGGCGUACAUAAGGAGGUAACUCACUUUACAGCGAGUCAGACCAUUGGGCCUGUCUACCUCAGUAUUGUCUACACUGACUGGCAGUGGCUGUCCAGGAAUCUUCUUGGACGUAGGCAGGUUUAGCCCAGGUGGCUCUGUAACCCCAUCACAUAUUAUUUACGCACCAAGGGACAAUCUUCCAACCGCCCCAUUAUUACUGAAAAUCCCAUUCAAGUGUAAGCCUCUGCCGUUUGAUCUGUAAUAGUUGCAUUAUUCUCUUACCUUUGGGCAGGUGCUGUCCCAGCAGACCCCCAGCCCUCCUCCUCCCAGCUUUACCACCUCCGAGCAGCUCCGUCUUUUUGCCCGCGAAGCCCAGAACAACGGAGACUAUAACUUGGCAGCGACCUACUACCAGGAGGUGACAGAACUGCUGCUCCUCUCCAAGCAGAACAGCUGCAGGAACAAAGAGUCUCUCUGGUGUUAAGGCAGAAUUGGAGGCAUUUAGAAAGGAUGUUUUCAUCAUUUGCAUUUUAGGAUGUGUUAAAAAUCCUAAGGGGCUGUGGGAGGGUGGUUGGGAUUUUUUUGGGGGGGUAUCCAUGUCUUUUGCAGCUAGAGGCAAGAUGUGAGAGAGGUGGGAUUUGAACCAAUACAGCUCAUUUUCUUGGGGAAACAUAAGGGGUGCAUAUUGUUCAAUAAGGUUGUAAGGCCAAAAACUGAGGUGGUAAAACAACUCCCAGACUGUAUGGCUUUGGACUGCAGGCAAAGGAUUACAUGAGUAAAUGCUCCUCCAUUUAGAAGUGCCCACAUAUGGAAGGCAAGUAUAUAAGGGAGAAGUGUUCUAUGCCAGCUUUCUCCCUGACAUGCUAGAUUUCUCUGUUCUGGGUCCCCGCCUCCUCUGAUGGGAAGCAUUCAACCAUGCAUCCACCCCUGCUCACAGUUCAUGCCACCUAAACUGCUCUUUUUUUGAACUAGGCCUCAUGGACUGAGAUCUUGAGCGUCAGAAAGACUAUUUCCCAGAUAAGAUUGACUAGUAAUGGCCUUUACUGUUGAGUGGGUGCAUGACAGUGCCUACUUCUCUAAUAAUGUGUGACUUGGCUUGUUUGUAUAAUUGGCACUGUUUUUUGCUUCUUUAGCACCAUUUAUUUUUGAAAGAUUUCUAUUCAGUCAAAUGGUCUCCAAUCAACUUACAAGAAAUCUAAAACAAUUCAAGAAACGCUGUUCAUCCCUCACCAGUUGGGUGGCUAAGAAAUGGGGGGGGGUGAAUGAUGCUGAAGAGUUUCCCCCAGGCCUCUGCUGCUGUGGGAACUGGAAGAAAUAUUCCCCUUCUUCAGUCCUCUUUGCAUGUACUGCCAAGCUAAAUAUCACAGUCUUGUGAUUUGUGGCUCUUUAGCUCAGCAGUGGGGCUCUCUGCUCUGCUGCAUGGAGCCAUAUGCCAUUAGCCUCUUUUCAGGUUGUGGCACAGAGGGCUGCUGGGCAGUGACUAUGCUGGGCUAGAUGGAUCAUCUUUGGUCUGAUUCAGUAUAAGGCAGCUCCAGUACACAUAUAGUUAGAUGGACCAGAGAACCUCUGCAGGGGUUUUGUCCAGGUGCAUAAUGGCUCACAAACCCUGAGGCCGAAUUAAAAUCAAAGAAGACUAAUAGGAUGUCUGUCAGCCUUCAGAAUUUGGAGCAUGAUCAGGUGACUCAUCAGAAGGAUGGAGCCCCAUUUCUAAUGUGCAGUUUUUAUCCAUUCAAAACCCUGGAACAUCAGGGAGUCAACUUACGCAAUGGUGUUUCCAUCCCCAGAGAUUGUCUCGUGACCGCCAGGAUAUCCAGAGUUGGUUGGAUUAUGGCACUUUCUGUCUGCUGACUGAAAACAAUCUCAAAGCCCAGGAGUGCUUCCGCGAGGCUGUUAGCCUGGACCCCAAUCACCUGCCCAGGUAGUACUUGGUAUCAGGAGGCAGGCAGGGAGGGGAGAUGUGCGGCCUUGUUUAGACAAUUCUCAUGGGGCAAGAAAGGCUUCGUGUAGCUGAGGAAUAUUGAGGGCAUUUCUCCCCUCCAGCUAAAAAUAGUACACUAUAGUAUACCACAGGUACAACACUUGGAGGCUGAGCUGUAACAUGUCCUGAUGAUCCCCCGCCUUUUUUUAAAGGAAAAUUUAAAAAAAUAGAAUGGCUGGGCACAUGGGCUUCUGUGCAUAUAUAUGUCACUAGUGCUCAUGCUGCUGCUCUCCUGCUCACAGUCUGUUGCAGGCAUCAGCACCUUUGAAGGUGACCCGGAAACUGCAAAGCCCCAUUGAUCACAGUGUGGCACUUGCUUCCAAGUGAGCAUCCAGAAAGAGACAUUGGGUGGUAGGCAACUAAGUUUUACUCAGAGUAGACUCAUUGAAAUUAAUGAGCAUGGCUAAGUUAGGCUCAUAAUUUCAACGGGUUUAGUCUGAGUAACACUUAGUUGCCUUCCAUCCUUACUGUAGUAGGAACGCUCAUAGGCUACACAGUGCAGUGGGCUCUUACCUGCUUGCUUUUUGCAAGUGGGCAGCUGCUUCAAUCUUUGGUUUUGUCUGCCCAGCAUAUUGCUCUGUGGCAUCAUGGCUGUGAUGCUGGAGAACUACGAAGAUGCUGAGGUCUUCUUUGAGGACGCCACCUGCUUGGAACCCUCCAGCAUUCUGGCCUGGACCAUCUUAGGUAGGUCAGCUGGAUUUGCUGGGGUGGUCUUGUUAAUGCGCUUUAUCAUGGUAUUCUCUUCAUCGGUACUGGGCACACCUCUGACAUCGUAGGAUUCCCUCUGCACACAUACAGGAACUUUAAGGCUCGGGUACGUUUGUUCACAGGCAGCUGUCGGUUUUGUUCCAUUUUAGUUCACCAUCCGCUCUCUCGCCUGUUUCCAACCCAGCACAUCUCAGCCGCACUGCCUUGGCUGCAGAGUCUGGGCAUCUCUUCCAUGGGUUGUAUUCAAGUUACAUAUGCACUGUACAAGCAUGGAAUCUCACACCUGGUGUAGAAUGAUUUGAGAAUCCCAGAGUGGGGGAACAAGCUUCUAGCCCUUAUGAAGACAAACAGUAUUUAUUUCUCUUCUUUGGAAUGGAUUUCUCUUUUCUUCCAAAAAAGUGGUUUAACAAUAACAGCACCAGCACAGUGGGCUGUCGCCAAUUAAGUCCUACUCAAGAGUAAACCCACUGACACUAAUGAACCUAAGUUGGUCAUUCUAUUAACUUCAGUGGAUCUACUCUAAGUAGGACUAGUUUUUUUCCUUUAAUAUGUUUUCAUUAAAAUAUUUUCCAUAAGUAACGAGACUUCAUGCAGUGUCUCUGUUUUCAAAUUGUAGAGUCUUUCAUGCAGGUCAAUUACCCCCCCCCCCAUCUUUACUCCCUGAUGGAAAGGAGGGUGAAUUUUAUCGCCUUCUUCCUCCGCGACCCAUUAAGGUGCCUGACCAGCUGGGGGCACUGCAGGUUGAGAGGCUCCCUCCCACCUCCCAGCAGUGAUGCAACUCUCUUGCUUGCCUUUCCCACAGGGCUAUUCUAUGAUAUCCAGGAGAAUGACAUUAGGGUGGAGAUGGCAUUUCAGAAGGCUUUCAAACUCCAGAAAGCUUCUCUCCAGAAGGAGCGACCUCCACCUGAGGUUGGAGAUGCAGCAGUACGAAAGGUCUCCAUGUCUCCUUCAGCGGUGGAAGUUCUUUCUGUUUCAGCGGAGGAGGAGCUGCGUAAGCUGAGACUCUGCCUGCAGGGAAUUUGUAAACAAUGGGGUUUUGGAAAAGGCGCAGCAUGUUCACAGCAGGUCAAAAAUAUUCAUGUUCACAACAGACAGAAUAUAUUAUGCCAAAAGGGACAUCAUCUGUGUCUCUGGGAUUAGAACUCUGUUUAUCCCAAAACAUUUCCUCUCAUCUUUCUGAAAACUUAUUUUUAUGACUACAGGCAAACCCAAUUUGCAUGAGGAUUGCGGUCCGGGAGGUCAUUGUGUGCGUCCGUUAAAUAAUGUGCAAUUGAAACACCCUGUUCUGCCCCAUCCUGCCUCUGCUCCAACUCUGCUCUUCCCCCUUUCUGCCCUUUUAGUGACAUCUUUUAUGACGUUUCCAGGUCACUUCUGAGUUUGGCACUGCGCGAGUGUGUGCGUUCCUGCACAUACUGGUCAUGCCUAUAAUCUCUCUCACCCUUCCUGGACUCCUUCGCCCUUUCUGAAGUGUUGGUUUUGCUUCUUGAUCUUACUAGUGUAGGGGUGGGGAACCUGACAGGCCAGAUCCUUAAUUCACCUGCACCCGGGGGUGGGCUUCAACAAGGAGUGGUCCCAUCCAUCUGUCAGUCACCUGAUGUCAUGACAACACCAGGUGAUUGACAACUGUCAAAAGUUUAAAGGAGAAAUCUGCAGUGGGGAAAUACUCUGUUUGGAGGAAGUGGUUUGAAUCCCCAGCGCAGCCAGCAUGAUGGGUCUUGUAGGCCACAGACUCCUGUUCCCUGGCUUAAGCAUUUGCUUUGCACUCCUUCCCAAGGCAUCAUGGGGGCUUGUAGUGUCAAGAAGCUGCAGGGGCAUCAGAUGUCAAGGAAAUAAGCAACUAUCCUACUUUUAAAAGGCAUCUGAAGGCAGCCCUGUUUAGGGAAGUUUUUAAUGUUUAAUGCUGUAUUGUGUUUUUGAUAUUCGAUUGGGAACUGCCCAGAAUGGCUGGGAAAACCCAGCCAGAUGGGCAGGCUAUAAAUAAAUUAUUAUUAUUAUUAUUAAUUAAAAUAACAGCAAGGCUGAGCUCCUCAGUAACUCUAGCUAACCCAGUAAGUUCAUAGAGAACUCCCAACCAAUCAGCUUCUGCAGGCAUGGGGGUGUGGGUGUGAGUGUGUAAGCUCAUUCCUCCUGUACUGAGACUUGCUAUCCAGUUAGAAAUAUGCAAAGAUAGUUUUGUUCUUCUUUGACUUUUCUCAUUUUUCCGGAUUUCCCCUUAGCAUCUGUUGAAGUUUCAGACAUCCCAGAGCCGCCCACAACCAUCCAUCGGGUAGAAGAGGAGAAACCUAAGAUUGCCAGAAAGAUGUCCCUGGCUCCCAGUAGAUUGAGGCUGGCGCCUCCGAAAGGUUUGGGGCCACAACCUUGGGGUUGGAGAGGGUGUGACUGUUCCUUGAAGAAAUAGAAUGAGCUACAAUACCAGUCUUGUUGUAUAACUGGGCAAAGCUGAAUGUCAGGGAUCUGAGAGGCAGAUCAAGAUGUUCUCGUUUUGAUUUUUCUCAUUUUUCAUGAUUUCCCUUUAGCGUCUGAUGAUGAAUCCUUUCACCGCCUGCAAGAAGAGGAAGGAGUGCCUAAGCUGUCCAGGAGGAUGUCGAUGGCUCCCAGUAGAAUGAAGCUGCCUUCUCUGAAAGGUUAGGGGCCACAAGAUUAGGAUUCGAGGCAAAUGAUGAUUACGACUGGGAAGCAAGAGAAUGAGCUGCAGCAGAACCACUCUUGCUGCACAAAUGAGCAAAACGACACCAGCAAUCUAAGGGGCACAGCUGCCAAAAUCAAAAUGAUGUGCUUGGGCAGUCAUAGCAGGGUCUGGAUUGCAUAGGGUGACCUGUCCAAUGGACUACUAGCCUGCAUUUGAACAGAGUUUCUGCUCAGGGGUGAGUGAAGCCAAACAAAGCAGAGCUGCAGACCUGGAGGGACUGAUUUCCAUUGCUGACUACAGGCAAACAGAUGAACUGCAGCAAUUUCCCUUUUCAUUGGCAUUCUCCUAAGUGCUGUGCUUAUUUUGCAUUUCCUCAACUUGCUCUCUUAACAUAGGCUUUUGGCUUCGCUUAGGCUUCACACCUGGGUUGUGGAUAAACACUGCUGCUGGUAGUGGUGGUGUGGGGAGCAGGCACACUUUGCAAAGUGGAAGUUUGCUGAAAACUUUAAAUGAAAAAUGAAGAUGUGUAUUUGCUGCAUUUAUUUAAUAAAUUGAGUACAGUAUGAUUACAGCUUAUGCAUGUUUAACAUGUGCAAUUUCAACUUUACACAGGAGAAGGCUAGCCAGCUGAAAUUGCACAAAUUAAAUGCAUGGAAAGCAGAGAGCUUAAAAGCUCUUUUUUGCACAGGGUUUUCCCUUGCGAGAUCUCUGGGGGACUUGGGUGGUCCCAUGAGAUCUCACGAGAGCAUCUCAGAGUCUUCAUGAGAGCACCCAUGAGCCCGGUAAGCAAGACAAAGAGCUUCAACGCUCUCUGCCUUGCUUGGGGGGCAAGGCCAGCUCAGUGCAGGACUCUGGAAAGGUAAGGAUGCUUGUACAGAGGCAGUUCCAAGGGGAUGGCUUGAAUAUAUGCAUUCUUGCAUAUACAUGCCAUCCCUGGAAUAGAACCCCUACCCAAGAAGUGAUCAUACUGUACUAAAGAAAGGCAUCUAAGGUCUGUUUGUUGUUAAAUUCCUUGAAUUCCCUGCUUCAUUUCAGAACCCAAGGUUGUCUUUGAAACAGAGCCUCCCCCUCCCCCACAGCCCACCACCACCAUCUUCAUGGAGACAAUUAACUUUUUGAUGGACGUCAAUGCCUUCCAGGUGAAUGUGGAACUAACAGGGCAGGGGGUGGGCAGGGGGUGGGGUGGAGGCAACUGCAAAGUAGAGCUGCUCCCUUUCCAUAGAGAAUCAACUAGUGCUUCAGGUUUCUCUGGUGGAUUAAUCAAAUGAGACUCCACUGAUUAAUCAUCAAAAAACAGACAGGGAGGGCAAGUUUUAAUCGACAGGAAUAUAAGUUGAGGGAGCACGUGUUUUACUUCUUUUCCGCUUUUUGAUGAUAUUUUGGUUGUGCGUUCAUGAAGGGAGUGAAAAAUGAAACCUUCAAGGUGGCUUUUCCUUCUAACCAUAGGCACCAACUCUGUGGGUUCUCUGGGUACACACUAUACAUUUAAAGCUCUUCCUUUCCCUCAAAGAAUUCUGGGCACUAUAGGUUAUGCCUCACAGAGUUACAAGCUUGAUUCCAGGUAAGCUAAAUUUGGAAGCCAGAGGCCACAGCUACAAUGUGGAGCAGGACUGUGUGGAACUGAUAGGUAGGAGAGCAAGAGACAGCAAAUUUAACUGUGAAUGAAGGCUAGCGUCAUCUGGUUGAGCAGGUCAGGAGGUUUUGUGGCUGCAUAACAAACCCUGGGGCUGGCUUUUCCUUCUCAGUUUGUUCACAGGGCAUUGGCACAUGAGCUGCUCUGCCCUCAAGGAGGCCCCAGCUGUGACUACUACCUGGUGCUGGCCCAGACAUACAUGCUCAAGAAGGAAUACAGCAAGACGGAAGAAUGCCUGGAAAUGGCCGUUCAGAUUGAUUACCUGGCAAGUAUCUCUUUUUAGCACCCUUUCGUUCUGCUUACCCAGCAUCAACAAGACUGGCACCUCCCAAAGAGCCGCGCCUGAACAUCACGUCAGUGAUGCCAGAUUUCUUAAUACCUUUUGUAUCUGAUUCCACUGUUUACCAGAAAAAAAGGGCAGCACGUGUGAGAUUUUAUAUGUAUACACACACACCAAAUAUAUAUCUCCAUAGACCUCCCCAAACUGAGAAUAAUAUGUCAUGUAUCUGACAAAGUUGGCUCUAUUCCACCAAAGUUUAUGCUGUAACUUUUAAGGGGGCUGAAGACUCUUAGUUGUUUUUACUGCAGCAGACUAACACAGCUGCCCUUCCUGCAACAUCAAAAGAUAAGAAGAGCCUGGCUGCUGGAUCAGGCGAAUGGCCCAUUGAGUUCAGCAUCCUGUUCUCACAGCGGCCAACCAGAUUCUACUGUGAUACAAGGUGUGCUCCUUCUUCAAGGCUGUGGGGCAUUUUUCUGCUAGCCUACUGAUCUGAGACAGCAGCACACUGGAGUGAUGAGCAGCAGCAGCAGAGGCCUCGGCAAGCAGGUUGUUGCCUCUGUGCAGGACAGAGAUUCCUUGUGUAAAAGUUUCCUACAGAAAGCAUUGAAAAGCUCAGAAUUCCCCAUCACCACAUCCAGGCCUGUGCAGGCUUGUCUGAGGCCCAGGGUGGGAGUCCCCGGUCUGCUGGGAGACGCAGGGCAUUCUUGGCACGGCAGUGUAAGUCCGGCAGACCGCUGGUGGGGCCCUCCAGCCAGCUUAGCCCUUCAAAGCCUGGGGCAAGUGUACCCAGCUGCUUCACUCUGCACAGACCUGACCACAUCCUUUGUUUUUGAGAUGUUUUUUAACUACUACCCUAGUCAGACUCAUUCUUCUGAACCCCCCCACCCCCACCCUCCUUCUUCCUUUCUUUUUUAAAAAAAAAUUAUUUGUUUGGUUUUUCAGAUUAAAAUUUUACAAUCAUAUAUCAAACAUAAAUCAUAAAAACAAGAUUCCUUUCUGCUUCCUUGGGAUUUCGACACCUAGAAUUCCUAAAAGGAAGGCUUCAGGUUUUUUAGCAAAGGUUAUUUUAAACAUUUUUUUUCCAACUCAUUAUAUAUCUUUUCCCAAAAUCCCCUUACUACCUUACCUUUCCACCACAUAUGAUAAAAGGUGCCUCCUUUCCCCCUUACAUUUCCAGCAUACAUUUGAGCCUGUUUAAUACAUUUUUGCCAAUUUGCUAGGAGUUAAAUACCAUCGAUACAUCAUUUUCAUAUAAUUUUCUUUCAACGUAUAACAUGCCGUGAACUUUAAGUCCCAAUUCCAUAACUUCUCCCAUGCUGCCAGUUGUAUAUUAUACCCGAAGUCUCUCGCCCAGUGUAUCAUUACUGAUUUGACCUGUUUGUCUUUUGUAUACCAUUCUAAUAUUAAUUUAUACAUUUUCGAAAGUAAUUUUGUUUUAUUCUCUAGCAGCUCUUUUUCAAAUUUAGAGAUUUCAGUACAAAAACCAUUCUUUCUGUCUACCUUAAAUAUAUUAUUUAAUUGAUAGUAACCAGUCAAUUAGUAAUUCUCUUAUAUCUUCAAACCUAGUUCUUUGCACAUUGCCCAACCAUUUCUCAUAUUCAGUUUUUUUAAGGAUAUCGCUUCUAAUGGGGAGAGCCACCCAGGUGUUUUUUGCUCUAUUAAAUUUUUAUAUUUUUCCCAUACUUCAUAAACCAAUUUUCUUACAACAUGAUUCAAGAAAGCUCUAUGUACUUUAACCUUGCCAUACCUCAAAUAUGCAUGCCAACCAUAGCUGUCAACAUUUCCCGUUUUUUAAGGGAAAUUCCCUUAUUCCGAAUAGGAUUCCCCACAAGAAGAGGGGAAAGUUGACAGCUAUGAUGCCAACCACUUAUUGCAUGGAACCACUUGUGCAUGGAACCGCUUAUUCCAUUUCCUGCCACCAUUUUUAUUUUAUUUUUUUGUGCAGAAUCCAGAGGUUUGGGCUCAGAAAGGGCAUCUCUGCUACCUGACUGGGGACUUUGGAGAGGCAAAGGCCUGCUAUGAGCGGACCAUCAGUUUUGUGACUGAUGCAAAGGAUAUGCAUUUUGUCUACCUGCGGUUAGGAUCCAUCUACUUAGAGAGGAAGGAGGUGAGGAGACAGAAAAUGGGGAGUUCAGCGGGACACAGAAGAGCUGGGUGGGCUGGCAGUCUUGGCAUGAAAUCUGAGGGGAACCUCUCCUACUCAGACUGGGGAGGCCUGUUGCCUUCAAGCCCUGGAGGGCCACUGGACUAGUUGAAUCUGCUGCCCUUUAAUGUGCUUGUUUUACAUUCUGGAAUUUUAAAGGCUAUUGUUUUCUGCUGGGCAAAGUUUUUACAAUUAUGUUAAGUGCACGUUUCAGAUUGUAUUGGUUGAUUUUUUUCUUGUUUUAGUAGUCCUUUUCUGUUUUUGUUUUUUGUUUUUUUCAUAUUCCUUUAUAUGUCACCAACAGUUACUGAGCAGCUAAUAAAUAUAAUAAAAAAACACAAUGUCCGUUGUGAGUAGCUCUCUUUGAAACGAUGGCUAGAGAAGGGUUCUGUCAAGAACAAAACAAACAGAGUAUUCUUUCAAUUGUCAUAGCAUGGAGAGUACGGUAAUUUGCCACCCUCUGUUCCUCUGACAGUAUGACAAGGCAAAGGACAUUUACCUGCUGGCCAGUAAGAAAUCACCUUCCUGUCUCACAUGGCUGGGAGUAGGAAUUGCCUGCUAUAGGGUAAGAGACUGAUGCUCUUUAAUCUGGCUGCAGUGCGCUCGCACUGCUGGUGCUUGAACCCAAGUGCACAGCACAUGGUCUUACGUUUUUAAUCCGUCUACUUCUCCCUCUCCAAAGCUCAAAGAGAUGGUGGAGGCAGAAGAUGCCCUCUCCGAGGCCAAUGCCCUCAACAACAACAAUGCUGAAGUGUGGGCGUAUCUGGCUCUCGUCUGCAUGCAGGUGAACUCUCAAGGGCCUUUUAACCCAGCAAAAGACGUAUCUGCUUUUCUUUACAGCAGUGUGAGUAUGUUAGGUGGAGGGUUUCAAGGACGCUCUCAAUGGAAACAGGUACUCCACCAUUCUGAUGCCCAAGCUUAACAUGGUUCAUCUGUGUAUCUUUUUUUUGGGGGGGGGGGUGGAAUCCUCAAAUAUUUAACUGGUAAAUCAAUGGGUCCAAUGAUGCUAUUUAUCAAAACAGAAAUGUGGAAAGAAAUUUGGUGUCAAACCCCCCCCACACACCAUUUCCCUUUUGUUUGCCUCUAUCCUCAAGUUGACAACUAACAAGUAUUUCAUUGGGGAGUGGUGUUUCUCUGCUGUCCAUUCUUUUUCUUAACCCAUAAUUAAACCCUUUGCAGUUUCUUGCAACUGCAAUAUUGUUUUGUAAAAGAUCAGCUUACUGUGGACUGCCUUCUUCUUCUUCUUCAGGGUGGAAGGCAGCUGGAGGCAGAACAAUCCUACAAAUAUGCUGUCAAGGUUUGUCACCCUAUUCUCUCUUUCACGAUUGUUAGAUUUGUGGAAAGGUGUUACACUUUGGUUCAGAAGCAACCAGCAGGUGUGACUAGCAAGUCACACAUUCUUUAAGCCAGGAUUAAUUUAGUCAUCAUUCAUAUAAAUAUAUUAGAAAGCAUAUCCCUUCUUUCUAUUUCUUGAAAAAAUGCAAGGAGGCUAAGAACAAGAAGGAUGAUGAAGCAGUAACAAAACCAUUACAGUACAAAUAAAUGAAGGCGACACAAACAUGAGUAUCAAGUAAAAUCAAGUGGAAAAACCUUUUGUGCAUGAGCACUCACUCACAUAGUACUCUCUGUGACCAAAGUGCUUUUCUGUACACUGGUUGUAUUUUAAAGUCAAUGCAAAAAGGGCUGUUCAACGUCCGUGUGUAGACAUUAUGCUAUAUUUAUAUUAUAUAUCAGGCAUCAUUGCGGGUUCCGAAUGUUCCCAUGAUGAAAAGUGAGACACACACUGAAAAUGGAAUUGAAUUAAAUGUGGCAUUUCUCAAUCAGCUGCUGUUGCGUGCUGCUAUCUCACCAUCCUGACUUGUUCUAUCACAUCUGAUGCCAGCUUUUGGCAGGCCGACAGUGAAAGUAUUUCUGGUUGUCUUGUGUGGCCUUGAAGUAGGGAUUAACUGGCCCAGCCUUCCUCCUUGAACCAAAGCAUACAUGACAGAUCUUUAAAUAGGCACUUGAUUUAGCCUCGUCUCAUCCCUUCUCCUUCCAUUGCAGCUGGAGCUGGCCAAUGAGGAACUGCUCCAGGAGAUCCAUGAGGUGCAGUUAGAAGUUGGCUUUGGCAAUCCGUCUUUCUGAACUCUUCCAAUUUAUGGACACUUCGACUGCUUUGAGCAGGGGGUGAACAAAGAGUUGGGUGUUAACGCAGUAGGAAGAUAUGCCAGAUUCCUACUACUGGACAGACCAAUCCACAAUGCCCUGACAUUUUUUGCUGACAUUUAUUGUAUAAAGCAGAGGUGAAGAACCCUGUGGCCCACUCCCUUGAUGUUGCUGGGAUUCCAACUCCCAUCAACCCCAUCUAGCAUAACCAGCAGUUAGGGAUUGAUGGGAACUGGAGUCCAGCAAAAUCUGGAGGUUCACCCUCGGUAUAAGAAACCUGAAGUUUUCAGGUGACAGCUUUCUAAGCAUCUGGAAGCAAAGUGGGAUGUCUUCAGAAAUGCAGGUAUCUUCUUCCUUGGGACAACCCCAUGCGCAUGGCAAGAAGUCAUGCCAUCGUUGUCAGCCACGUGAACCAGUAAGGAACCAGAAGGGCUGGCUGGCCUGCAGGAACAGAAGUGCCGAAGCAGCAGCCUUCUCCCCAAAAUUAGCGGCCUCCAGAUGUCAGUGUAACAUGGGUGUUUACUUAGCCCCACAAGCAUUGGUGCAGCAAAGAGGGAGGGGGAGAUGUGUUUUAGAUCACCUACAUUGUUACAACUGCACAUUCUGUUCAGGAGCUGCUACAUCUCACAGCUGAAGCAAAAGAACACAGAGGAGAUGGGGUGUGAUGCAGUAUUUUGUACCCGUGGCUUCUGAAACAAUGUCCAUGGGUGCAAGCACACAUACAGAUUUGGAUUGGACUGGAUUGGCUCAGCCACACAAAUUGGAGUGGCUAAAGUGGAGGCUAAAUCCUUGGAGACCUGCAGUUCACAAGAUUGCCUAGGGAUAAGUGGUGCAGGUGAUCCCUUUUUUCUUUUUCUUUUACAAUAGCGUCAUUGUAUUUUACGCUUAAUUUUUACUUUUUGUUGACAUGUUGAUGGGUUGCAUUUAUUUUGUGAAUUGCAUUGGGUGCUAAGUAAGAAGGUCAAAAGCUGCGGAGAGAAAUUAUUUUACACACACACUCACCAAAAGCAGCCGCUUGACUGUAGGCAACAAAAAUGUCAUUUUGAUUACAUUCCCAGGCUGUAAUCCUUUGCAUGCUUUCCUGUAUGCCCCAUUGAAUCCCAUGGGACUUACUUCGAAGAAAGCACACAUAGGAUUGGCUUGCUCAUGCUACUGUUAAUGUGAUCUGCAUUUUAUGAUUAAUGCCUAUGACACUCUAAUUGUUUCAUUUUUAUUUUGUAAAUUGCCUUAAAUGCAAAGUUAGAAGGGUAUACACUAUAUAGAUAUAAAUAUUUUUCUGUGUGUGUUGUUUUUAAAUGCGUAUCUUGUUCUCACACCUGCAUCUUUGUCAGGAAAAGCAAGUGAAACAGAAUUCAACAAUAGUCACACAGAUACUCACGCAUCUGCUUCGCUUCUAGGCAUGCUUUUAUCAGAAAAAACACUUGUGUGGCAGCUGGGUUUUUUUGUGACCUAAGUUGUUAGGUUUGGAUCCCCAAAAGUCAUAUGCAUCAAUGCUGAGUUUCUCUAUAUGAUUUAUUUUGAUGUUUUGUUUGUUAAGACUCUUCAGGUGACAUGUGGCUAGUUCAGGAAGGACACAGUUGGCAGAAAAAUUCUUUCUUACAUCAGUUCUUGGAGCUCUUGUGUAAUUUCUUUUCUGAGGCUUUUGGACUCCUUCCCAACAGAUUGUGCCCUUUUCAUUUUCUCUAUAACUAUCAGCCCUAUCAAAGUCUGUGUGUGAGUUCUGAAGUUUAAGCUGGGUUCUUUCUGGGUCCUUGUCCAUCCUAGGAAAUAGUGUACAAAUGGAAUGGGAUUGCAAUUGUGUUGCAGAUGUAUCAACCAGAAGAAUUGGAUAUUUUUUCAUCUGAUUUUGGAAAUUUCCCAAGGAAAGGCAAGAGGAGCGUACAGUUUGAAAAUAACUACUGAAGCUAGCUCAUGUCUGUUUUUAAAAUAAAUAUAUAUAUUUCUAUUUAUUAAUUUACAAAA